GCGCAGUUGCGACCACAGUUUUGAAGGAGAAGCAAAAUUUGCUGGGGCUUCCACGCCACAAGCUCAAAGCAGAUGUGAAAACCCAAUGGAAUAGUUCUUUCGAGAUGUUGGAACACUUUCUUGAACAAGCUGCGGUGAUGACGACACUUUUCGACAAGAAAGUCAGAAAAGGCUCGUGUGACGUGCACACACUCGGUGAAAGUGAUCUCUUGACUGCCGAACAAAUGGUGAGUCUGCUAGCCCCGCUAAAGGCUGCUACCACUUUGAUGUGCGAGGAGAAGCAACCCGCUGUGUCCAUCAUUGCACCUCUCCAAAUGAAGGUCUUGGCGCAUUUCGAAUCCGCACCGGAUGACGCCCCCUUAAUCAAAGACACGAAACGACUCAUGGCUGAUGAUCUUAGAGAGCGGUAUGUGGACGAGGAACCAUUCUUAAUCCAAGCAGCUGCUUUGGACCCCCGAUUCAAAAAGCUUCCUUUCCUGGGUGAUGAGAGAAGAAACCAAACCUUUGAAUAUCUUGCUGAAGAAGCAGCACAGCUGAAGGAACAUAGGAAUGAGUCAGAGGCCCAGCCUGAGGAAACACCUCCUCGCUCUUCUCAUGACCCGAUUCCUAGGAAGCUAAAUGAAGUGUGUGAUGCGGAAACCACUGAAGAAUGCCCUCCUGUUUCCAAGAAAUCAAAGGUAUUAGAGGACCUGUUUGGCGACUCCUUCUGCACUGAGGACCAAAAUGUCAGAGACAAAACAUCCAAAGAGCUAGCCCAUGAUGAAAUUAGGAAGUACAGCGAUGUUGCAUCUUUGAAUCUAGAUGGUAAGGUGUUAGACUGGUGGAGAGCUCACCAGGCUGAGUUUCCUCUCCUUGCAGACCUGGCCAAGACUUACUUAUGCAUUCCUGGUACAAGUGUACCAUCAGAACGUGUAUUUAGUACAGCAGGGGACAUCGUGCGUUCAGAGCGUAGUGUACUGUCUUCUGAGUAUGCGGACCAGUUGAUUUUCUUGAAGAAAAAUCUGUCAAGGAGCACCAUUGAGAGUACUGAACUAUAGAGCUCACCCUCCUUGUUUCUGGUUGUUUUGCCAUUAAUGGGCCGUAGGCUUAUGUCCUAGACUUGUUACUUUUGAUUCUUACUGCACUUAAACUGGUUUUGUUGAGUAACUGUUCUAUUUGCAAGGCCCCUGCUAUAGCUCAAGCCAUGUGUGACCACUAUUACCUCAUUCUUCUAAAAUGUAAAUGCAUUUUUAUUUUAUAGUGAAUGGGCUGUAAGCUUAUGUCCUAGACUUUUGUUACUUCUUAUUAUUGCACUUUAAGUCAUUUUGUGGAGUAACUGUUCUAUUUGCAGUUCACCUACUGCAGAUGAUGUGUGACCAUUACCUCUUAAUAAAAUGCAAAUGAUUUUUCAAAAUGUAACCAAGAAAAGUGCAGGGUUGAUGUACUUGAACUGUAGAGGUCAGUCUUUGUUUUGUUGUCUUUUUUUUUUUUUUAACAGUGAAUAGGCUAAUUGGCCAUACUAGACCUGCACAGUAAGCACUAGACUUUUUGUUUUUAUUACAAUUUAUCUGAUUGCACUUUAUUUUACUCUUUUUGUG